GUCAGACGUUUUCAGUAUCAAGCUAGUUCUCUCGGCAAGAACACACGCACUGUGCUCCGAUCUGAGCUCCGACGAAAGACGUAAAUCGUAAUCUCGUAUAAAGUGCGUUUUCAGCACGGCGAAAAUUUUCGCUGAUUGUGACUUUUAAUAGAAAUAUACAAAAUAGUGAAAUGAAGACAAAACAUAUCGACGAUGUUCAAACACAGACGGUGGAUGAACAUUUCAAAUUAAUCCAAGAAGAUAAGAGUGUAAUAGAUCCGGAAGCAGCUGACGUAACACCCAAUGAUCUUCCAGCUUGGUACAAUGAAAAAUUGUACAAAGAAGGUCAAAACUUUUAUAAGCGAAAUUUGAUGUCAGUAAUAGCGGCCACCACAGUAGGACUUGUUUUAGUAUUUACAGUGGACACAAUAUUAAAGAUACUUGUAUACACAAAACGAAGUAGUUCAGUUAGUACAGCUUUUAAAAGAUAUAUCGAAACUGUCUUACAUGUACAUAACUUAUAUACAUGUGAUGUAAAUGAUACAGAUUCCAAAUGGUACAAAUCGAUGAACACAAUCCGUUGGUAUCACAAAAUGGGUACCAGGAAAACAAAGGAAGCUGGUGUUGGAGAAAUUUCUCAAAGAGAUAUGGUUCUUACUCAAUACGCUUUUGUGGCAUUUAUCUAUACUGCGCCUAAGCUUUUUGGAGUGUGCAAUACACUGGAAGAAGAUGAAGGAUUUAAUCAUUUCUGGCGUAUAAAUGGCUACAUGUUAGGAAUCCCCGACAGAUUGAAUUUGUGUCGCAAAAACGCAAGAGAAACUACGGAAUUAUGUCGGAAGAUCAAACAAGUAUAUGCAGAUUAUUUGAAAAAGCCUCCAUCUGAGUUUUAUGAAAUAACGACAUAUGCAUUAGAUGCAAUGUGGUACAUUGACAUCACUGUGGAUAAAGAUGCUUUCAUGACACACACUUACAAAUUACAUGGACUCUCCUAUAAAGAAAUUGGGUGGUAUAGUUGGAUCAUUACAAAAUACCGUGAAUUCAUGUUUUAUCUGUGUCUUGUACCUUAUGUCAGAGUACUAGCAAAAGCAUACGGUAACUUCAUUGUUUGGUUCGUACUUUGGAAUGCGGCGAACUUUCCUCUACUUGCGUGGAUAAACCUUGGGAAGGAUAAUAUCCGGCUCAAUAUGUACCCUAAUAAACAUUAACAGCUUCGAUUUUAUUGAUAAUGAUUUAUACAUUCAUUAUUAUUACAUUUAUAAAAAUCAAUUACUUUUAAAAUAUUUUUAAAAAAUGAUACUACUUAUGUAUUUUAAUCUUUUGGCUGUGGUAUUAUAUAAAUUGUGGCGCAAAAUGCGCAUAAUAGACGGUAGACAACGCUAAUCUAAACGACAAUGCUGUGACCGGCCAUAACUUCUUGCUAAUGUCCUUUAGAGUUAUAUAGAAAGUAUAUUUACAAGGUACUUUUAGAUUAAACUGCUAAACUUAAAAUAUAAAUUUAAAAUUUUAAACAAAAGUUUUCUCUUAAAGUUUGCUUGCAAACGAUUCGUUUAUAAAGAGAUAUCGACUUCUUAAGUUACAAAGCUCUAGAAAUAAAUAAUGUCAAGAUAAUUUAGGUUUAUUUUUUUUAUUAAUUUACAAUAUUAAAAACAUAAUUAUUAAAUAUAUUGUUCAAAAUGAGAGCUUUCAGCCUUGAGACAAGCAUUGAACUUAUCGAAUGAUCGAGAGGUCAAAUGAUUGACAUUGUGCGUCAGUAAUUUCUUCGCACGCUUGCAUUAUUUUCUAUUUUUUAAUGAUUUUUAAAUGAUAAUAAAGAUCAUUAACGGACACUUCAUACAUUUUUUAUAUAAAAUUGAUGACAUUCAUUCCUUAUAAACGAAGCAUUUACGAGCAAACUUUCAGAGGAAAAUUUUGUUUGUUUUUAGAUUCUAAAUUCAUAUUUUAAAUUUGGUGUCUUAAUCGGGGAGUAUCCUGUAUACAAAUAAUGUAUAAGAAGUUGAAAUGUGUAUGUAGUGAAUCGAUUUGCAAUAAAAAAAUACAUUUUAGUUGAUUCCUAA